AUGGGAUUCAACUAUGGAAAAAAUGUUACUGUCCAUAAUCAACUAAAACCUCAUGUUUUUAAAUCUUGUAUAAAAAAUUGUGUCGUCCCUGUUCAAUGGCGUAAUGCUCGUGAAAUUUAUAUUCCAAAAACCAAAACUCCUAUGGAGUCAAACAUAAAAGACUUUCGACCAAUUGCACUUCUAAAUGUCGAAGGUAAGCUUCUUUUCAGCCUUAUAUCAAGGCGUUUAGAAACUCAUAUGAUAACAAAUAACAAAUUUAUCAAUACAUCUGUUCAGAAGGGAAGUAUGGAAAAGGUUCCAGGCUGCUGGGAACACAUGUCGAUGGUUUGGUCAGCACUCAAAGAUGCCCGCUCUUCUAAGUCGGAUCUAGCUACCAUCUGGCUGGAUAUAGCAAGUGCUUACCCUUCAAUUCCUCACCGACUUAUCUUUUUUGCCCUUAAGCGCUAUGGUGUUCCUCCACAGUGGAUUUCUUUUAUUAGAAAUUAUUACAUUGGCAUCUACAGCAAAUCAUUCUCUCCCCUUGCACCAAGUAAUUGGCAUAAACAUUCGUGGGGAAUUUUUGCAGGCUGUACACUAUCCAAUAUCCUUUUUCUUGCAAGCAUCAAUAUUAUUCUUGAGUAUACAUUACUGGCUUCCGCUGCCAGGUUUAUCACAUCAAGCAAAGUGUCACUCCCCUUGAUUAGAGCCUUUAUGGACGAUAUCAACCUCAUGUCUUCAUCAGUGUCUGGUACCCAAACGCUUUUGUCCAGGUGUACUGCAGCACUAAAAUGGGCUGGCAUGGAUUUUCGUGCCAACAAAUCACGCAGCAUCGUGAUCAUAAAAGGUAAGUCCCUCAAUUCAACUCCUUUUGCUCUCCAAAAGCCUGCUGACCCCACAGACUUCUCUUCCUACAUUCCUUCUAUCCAUUCCAUGCCUGUGCGAUUUCUAGGCUGUAUUAUGGAUUGUUCUAUCUCCGAUAGGAAGGCUAUUGACGAACUUGAUGAGAAGUUAUCUGCAGGGGUCUCUAUUAUUGACAAGUCGUUUUAUAAAGGCCCUCAGAAGCUGUGGAUUUUACAACAUCUAUUAAUCCCGCGCAUUCAGUGGCCACUGCUGAUAUACGAAGUCUCAAUGUCUUGUGUCGGCACCCUUGAACGGAAGGUGUCAGUAUUUAUAAGGAAAUGGCUCAAUCUUCACCAUUCUACCACUAAUUUAUGUCUUUAUGCUUCCAGCUCACCUUGCUCUCUACCGAUAAAAAGCCUAACUUCCAUACUCAAGUCCGCUAAGAUCAGUCGACACUUGCUGCUAAGGGAUUCUAAAGAUCCAUUGGUUUCGGCAGCUGUACCAACAUUAAAGGCCGGUAGAUGGAGCGUGUCCAAUUCAGUCAGAAUUGCUGAAGCAGAAUUAAAGAUUAAAGAAAUUAUGGGUUUACCCCAUUUCGGUAAGGGCGGUUUAGGUCUCUGUCCUAAACAUAAGGGAACUUCUCUUAGACAGUCUCAUUCUUACAGGAAAUUAGUAUCGGUGACUGCAAAAGAAAUUGAUGGUGAAAAGGAUAUAAGCAGAGCUUUGCAACUACAGGUACAAGGAAGUUGGACCAGAUGGGACAACUACAUUAAGAACGACCUCUCCUGGAAGUCCUUGCUUGCCAUGCCACCAAACCUGUUGUCGUUCUGUUUAAGCUCCACCUAUGAUGUUCUUCCUUCUCCGAGUAAUUUAAGGUGUUGGCGUAUAUGUACCGAAUCCUUCUGUUUCUUGUGUGGAAAACAAGUCUGCACUACAGCUCACAUUUUAGGGGCCUGCAAAACGGCUGUAACACAGGGUAGAUUUACGUUUCGUCACGACUCUGUCUUGCGCGAACUUUCACAGUUGAUCACCACGUUUUCCAAAUCUAUUUCCUCUCCUGUAAAGCACCUAAAUAAUGUAAAAUUUGUUAAAGCAGGUAGUCACUCAUCUAGCAAAAAAUCAAAACCGGUAGGCCUUUUGCAUCUUGCCACUGACUGGUUAUUUCUUUCAGAUUUAAAUGGUGAACUUGCUUUUCCUGGUCAUAUUGCCAUAACAUUGCUUAGACCAGAUCUUGUCCUGUAUUCCAACAACAGUGAACGUGUUAUUUUAAUUGAACUUACAUGCCCUUGUGAGGAAAACAUGGAAACCUAG